AUAUAUAUAUAUAUAUAUAUAUAUAUGUAUUUAUAUAUAAAAACAUGUAUUUAUAAAUAGAAAUGCCACAGAUAGACUGAGUCUACUCUACUACUCUGAGUAGAGGGAUAGAGCGAGAGACUGUCGAGUGUCGAGACUCGAGAGAGAGAGUUUCGACUUUCGAGAGCCUAUAUAUCAUUCAUGUGCAAUGGUGUGAAGGGGUGCUAUAGAUGGAGCCAGCCAUCGCUUAGGGCAAUAUGGACUACAUCUACAGGCGAAGGGCUGCUCAGAAGCCUAAAAUAGCACAGUACUGUCGACUGGUGAAGAAAGACGGAACUCUCAACGUACAGUACAUCGGGUGCCCAGUGAAGUACAAUGUCUCCAAUAUGUACCAUGAUAUAGUUGACAAGAACUGGCCGUUCUUAAUUGUGCUGAUCACCGUAAUGUACACCUCGUGCGCACUUUUCUUUGCCACGCUGUACUGGAUAGAUGGUGGAGUGUUAAAGUCAUAUACGUCUCCUUCCGACCAAGAGCUCACAUUUCCAGAGGCGUACUACUUCAGUGUUCAGACACAGGACACGAUAGGAUAUGGCGCAUUAUACCCUGGCGACCAGGUGACCACCAACCUCAUAUCGGCGUUGCAGUCGUGGCUGUCCAUGCUAGUAUACGCUACCAUUACCGGUAUAGUAUUCACCAAGCUGUCACGGCCAUCGAAGAUCAAAAACAACAUUAUGUUCUCAUCAAACGCCGUCAUCAACAACACCAGCAGUCUGACCUUCGUACCAAAUGCGCGGGGCGGGGACGAAACAGAGGGCGAGUACAGAUCGGGUGAGGAGCCCUGUCUGGUAUUCCGCAUAGCGAACGUGCGUAAGGCUCAGCUGUGCGCGGCUUCUUUCACAUUGCUGUGUGUCUCGUACAAACCAAAUGAACAUGGCGAGCAGUACACCACGCAGGAGUUGAACUUCGAGAUAAACCAACAAGUGGGACGAGUGCGAGGGAUGAAUUUCAGUGUGCCGCAACUGAACUUGCCCUGGAAUGUGGUGCACCCCAUUGACAGGUCAUCACCACUCUACGGGUUAACGGCGAAGGAAGUGAUACGCAAUCGCAUUGAGAUCAUUGCGGUGCUGGACGCCAUUGACGAGGCCUGUGCUGACAACUUUCAGGCAAGAAGCAGUUAUACAGCAAAUGACAUUCACUGGCAAGCCGAGUUCGCGGAUAUGGUGGCAUGUGUGAGCAAGAACAAGGUCAGUGAACAUAUCAAGGCUGUGCGACAACAGUCUCUUCUCCGCAGACGAUCAGAGACGAGUGUAGAGAAAGCGAGACGCACCUCGAAAGGCUCAAGCCCAACAUGCGCUCCGCCAAAUGGCUCUAUAGGGGGAGAGUCGAGUUUGGGACUUCGAAAGCUCAUCAACGAUAACACAGUGAUAUCCAAAGCGCAACCAGUAUCACCGAUGAUCAAACAAAACCGUAGAUACAGUGGAGGCGGAAUACAUGUCAUGCCUCGCCUGGGGGUGAUGCCUGGAAAUGGAACUACUUCAAAAGUACAUUUAGGUGUGAUAUCAAAGGUUUUGAACACCGGAGUUGGUGUUGCAGACACGGCAAACGAACCCGCACACAAACUGCAAACACAAACUGGCACGAAGCAAACUGACUCGGUUGGCAAUCGGCCGCAAAAUUUAAGCCCCGAUGCUGCUUAUAAAUUAGCCGUGAACAUUGUAGAUGAAACUUCCCCAUAUUCACAACGAACAACAAGUCGCGAUACAACUGCGGGGAUACCAGAUGGCGAAACUCUGCCUUUAAUCGCAGCUACGAGUAUAGAGGUACUAUCUCGAGACAAUGCCUCUGAUGUUUCCAGUGCCGGAAGCUCCAGUGCCACACACGGAAUGAUCGUGGGGUUGCAACGACGCGGGCUGGUGGAGCCAAAACUGCGUCACGUAUCGAGCCUGACCUCAGUAAAUGAGGAUGCUAUUGUGGAUAUGUUCGAUCACACAGACACAGGACAUCGCGAGCGAAGUCCGGAGGAUGUAGUAGAUGAAGCUAUGUUCGUUGCAUUCGAUGGAAUUCUCGUAGCGAACUUCAGUCUCUUCGAUACCGUGUUACCGUUGCCGAGCUCUGAAGAUGUAGAUUCAUAGCAAAGAGCUUCUUAAAGAAUGAGCGAAGCACACCAAUACUUAGAGAUUACUGGUAUAAAUUGUACUGUCAACUCAAUGCGAGUGUCGGGCUGCCAAUAUUAGUUUGCUUCACUAAAAUACUUGACAAUGUGUUCAAUUUCAAAAAAAAGAAAAUGUUUUUCAUAUUGGAGGCACUUCAGGUUAAACUACUGA